UAAAUCUCAUCCAUCUUUAGUCAUAUAACUCGAGAUUCUGUUUCCAUGGCCAAAUCCCCAAAUCAUCUCCUUUGUCUCUCUGUUUUGAUCUUCAUCAUCACUGAAUCCGCCUUGGCUCAGAAAUGUUCUAACUACAAAUUCUCCACCAACCGUCUCUUUGAGUCUUGCAACGACCUCUCUGUUCUUGAUUCCUUCCUCCACUACACUUAUGAUUCUUCUUCAGGCAAUCUCCAAAUCGCGUACCGCCACACAAAGCUCACCUCCGGGAAAUGGGUGGCAUGGGCAGUGAAUCCUACAUCCACCGGUAUGGUCGGAGCUCAAGCCAUUGUGGCUUAUCCACAAUCAGACGGCAGCGUUAGGGCUUACACGUCACCUAUCAGCAGCUACCAAACGAGUCUCCAAGAAGCUGAGCUGAGUUUCAACGUCUCUGAGUUGUCUGCUACUUACCAAAACAACGAGAUGGUCAUCUUCGCAACGUUGAAUCUUCCACUUGCGAAUGGUGGAAUCAUUAAUACUGUGUGGCAAGAUGGGUCUCUGUCAGGGAACAAUCCUCUGCCUCAUCCAACUUCUGGCAACAAUGUUCGCUCUGUUUCUACUCUUAACCUUGUCUCCGGUGCAUCUGGUUCCACCUCAACCGGAGGAGGAGGAGGAGCUUCCAAGCUACGCAAGCGCAACAUACAUGGAAUAUUGAACGGUGUGAGCUGGGGAAUAAUGAUGCCAAUAGGGGCAAUCAUUGCUCGCUACUUGAAAGUCUCAAAAUCAGCAGAUCCAGCUUGGUUCUACCUUCAUGUUUUCUGCCAGUCUUCUGCUUACAUCAUUGGUGUUGCCGGUUGGGCCACAGGUCUCAAACUGGGCAGCGAAUCAGCCGGGAUUCAGUUUACCUUUCACCGUGCUGUUGGGAUCGCUCUCUUCUGUCUCGCAACAAUUCAGGUAUUUGCAAUGUUUCUGAGACCCAAACCAGAGCACAAGUACAGAGUCUACUGGAACAUUUAUCACCACACCGUAGGCUACACCGUAAUCAUCCUUGCGGUGGUAAACGUUUUUAAAGGACUAGACAUCUUGAGCCCUGAGAAGCAGUGGAGAAACGCGUACACUGCUAUAAUCGUAGUACUAGGUAUAGUCGCGGCUUUGCUCGAAGCGUUUACUUGGUAUGUAGUCAUAAAGAGAGGGAAAGCAGAGGAAUCUGCGAAAACAGGUCAGCGAGUAGGCAACGAUGGUCGGUCUCUAUACGUAUAGACUGUGUAAAAGAUUUAGAGUAAAAUUUUCUGGUUUAUUUGGUCAUUAUGGGUUGUGUGUUUGUUAAUUUUGAUUUGAUUUCGGGUGUCUACAUACAUAUAUAUUGCGAGAUUAAAUUAAUACAUUUGAUGUUUAAUA